GCCUGGCGGGCUCGGAGGAAAAAGGGGAGCGGGGAGGCGACUUCUUCGGGCUCCGCGGCGGUGCGCAGGCGCCGUGGCCCGACCAGGGACUUUGUUCUCCGCGGAGAAACCCAAGGGCGGUGCCGGUACUGGCUGCGCACGCGCGCCGCUUCAUUUCCGGUGCUCUCUUUCGCUGGGUCGCUCGGGUCGGCUUCGGUCGCCGUCGCUCCCGCUCUCCCACCUUCGCCAACCGUCGCUCGGGCCUCUGCCGCUGCCGCGUCGUUUCCUCGAUCCCUCGAUCGCAUAUCCUCCACAAUGCAGCGCCGGGACGACCCCGCCGCGCGCAUGAGCCGGUCCUCGGGCCGCAGCGGCUCCAUGGACCCCUCAGGUGCCCACCCCUCGGUGCGUCAGGCGCCGUCUCGGCAGCCGCCGCUGCCUCACCGGUCCCGGGGAGGCGGAGGGGGGUCCCGGGGGGGCGCCCGGGCCUCGCCCGCCACGCAGCCGCCGCCGCUGCUGCCGCCCUCGGCCACGGGUCCCGACGCGACUGUGGGCGGUCCAGCGCCGACCCCGCUGCUGCCCCCCUCAGCCACUGCCUCGGUCAAGAUGGAGCCGGAGAACAAGUACCUGCCCGAACUCAUGGCCGAGAAGGACUCGCUCGACCCGUCCUUCACUCACGCCAUGCAGUUGCUGACGGCAGAAAUUGAGAAGAUUCAGAAAGGGGAUUCAAAAAAGGACGAUGAGGAGAAUUACUUGGAUUUAUUUUCUCACAAGAACAUGAAGCUGAAGGAGAGGGUUUUGAUACCUGUCAAGCAGUAUCCCAAGUUCAAUUUUGUGGGGAAGAUCCUUGGACCACAAGGGAAUACAAUCAAAAGACUGCAAGAAGAGACUGGUGCAAAGAUUUCUGUGUUGGGAAAGGGCUCAAUGAGAGACAAGGCCAAGGAGGAAGAGCUGCGCAAAGGUGGAGACCCCAAAUAUGCCCACUUGAAUAUGGAUCUGCAUGUCUUCAUUGAAGUUUUUGGACCCCCGUGUGAGGCUUAUGCUCUUAUGGCCCAUGCUAUGGAGGAAGUUAAGAAGUUUCUAGUACCAGAUAUGAUGGAUGAUAUCUGCCAGGAGCAGUUCCUAGAGCUCUCCUACUUGAAUGGAGUACCAGAGCCCUCUCGCGGACGUGGGGUGCCGGUGAGAGGCCGGGGAGCUGCGCCUCCUCCUCCACCUGUUCCCAGGGGCCGAGGUGUUGGACCACCUCGGGGGGCUUUAGUGCGUGGUACACCAGUGAGAGGAGCCAUCACCAGAGGUGCCACUGUGACUCGAGGAGUGCCACCCCCACCUACUGUGAGGGGUGCUCCAGCACCAAGAGCACGGACAGCAGGCAUCCAGAGAAUACCUUUGCCUCCACCACCUGCACCAGAAACUUAUGAAGAAUAUGGAUAUGAUGAUACAUAUGCAGAACAGAGUUAUGAAGGCUACGAAGGCUAUUACAGCCAAAGCCAAGGGGACUCAGAAUAUUAUGACUAUGGACAUGGGGAGGUUCAAGAUUCUUAUGAAGCAUAUGGCCAAGAUGACUGGAAUGGGACCAGGCCGUCGCUGAAGGCCCCUCCAGCUAGGCCGGUGAAGGGAGCAUACAGAGAGCACCCAUAUGGACGUUAUUAAAAACAAACAUGAGGGGAAAAUAUCAGUUAUGAGCAAAGUUGUUACUGAUUUCUUGUAUCUCCCAGGAUUCCUGUUGCUUUACCCACAACAGACAAGUAAUUGUCUAAGUGUUUUUCUUCGUGGUCCCCUUCUUCUCCCCCACCUUACUCCAUUCUUAACUCUGCAUUCUGGCUUCUGUAUGUAGUAUUUUAAAAUGAGUUAAAAUAGAUUUAGGAAUAUCGAAUUAAUUUUUUAAGUGUGUAGAUGCUUUUUUUCUUUGUUGUUUAAAUAUAAACAGAAAUGUACCUUUUCUAAUAAAACAGAAGUUGAGUAAAAAAAAAAAAACCACAAACCUGUCAGUUUCAAAAGUGACAUUGCUUGCUUAAAGGUUCUGAAGUUAAGGCUUGUUAACUUUCUCUUAGUUUUGACUUGAGGCAUCCCGUAAAGUUGUAGUUGCAGAAUCCCAAACUAGGCUACAUUUCAAAAUUCAGGGCUGUUUAAGAUUUAAAAUCACAAACGUUAACGGCAGUAGGUGCCACCAUGUAAAAGUGAGCUCAGACGUCUCUAAAAACGUUUCCUUUAAAAGCACAUGGCGGUUGAAUCUUAAGGUUAAAUUUUAAUAUGAAAGAUCCUCAUGAAUUAAAUAGUUGAUGCAAUUUUUAACGUUAAUUGAUUUAAAAACAACAACAACAAAAUUAGGUUCGUAAAACUGACUUUUUCAUUAUGUGGGUUUUGAAAUCUAGCCCCAGACAUACAGUGUUGAGAGAUACUUAGUGGGAAGUAGGUUUCGAAGAGGUUGAUUUGGGGAGAGGGGCUGGCCACUUGAAUUUGAUGCAGAGCUUUUUAGUCACGAACAACCUUUCAGUAAUAGUACUAAUAAUUAACAUUUCAGUAUUUUAAAAGGCAAAGUAUUUUGUCCAUCUGAGAUUCUACACUCCAUUAAAAGCUCACUUGGACACUGGGGCCAAAAGCUGAUGAUUUUCUUAAGUUGACGGUUGUCAAUAUUGAACUGUUACCAAGGUAGUUAGUCAAGUAUGUCUCAACACUAGCAUGAUAUAAAAAGGGACACUGCAGCUGAAUGAAAAAGGAAUCAAAAUCCACUUUGUACAUAAGUUAAAGUCCUAAUUGGAUUUGUACCGUCCUCCCAUUUUGUUCUUGGAAGAUUAAAUGCUACAUGUGUAAGUCUGCCUAAAUAGGUAGCUUAAACUUAUGUCAAAAUGUCUGCAGCAGUUUGUCAAUAAAGUUUAGUCCUUUUUUAAUCAAAGUAAA